GCGGAUUACGCGAUCAACGUCACCGCGUGAUAUGAAACUAGUUAACUACAUGUAGCUUGCAAGAAAACACAGCACCGUAAGCAGUCCGACCAAGGCAAGAACACGUCUUUGAUAGGCCUAUCAUUUAAUAUAAAAAGGUCAUAUCACCACGAAUUCAUCAUGCUUGUGACAUCGAUAGUAUUUCGGCAGAUUUUCUUAAGUUUCACUUUGUAUGGCACUGUUUGGUGCUCCGACGAUGCGAACUCAAAAAAAGGUAGCCGUGUUGGGCUCGACCUUGGAGUUGGAGCGGAUCUUCAACAAGUAUGGCCCCGGAAGCUUCCCGUGGCCGUGAACAUUUCCACCAGAAGACGUACGGCUGCUGGAAACUGUCCAUGCUCCGAUCCUUCUUGGUGCGAUACAAUAAAAACAACACGAAGCAAAGAGAUCUAUCUUUUCUCUGUGUCCUCACACAAUUGGCAACAUUAUGACUGGGAUCACAUCACAACGAUCGCUAUGUUUGGCUACUAUGAUCCUAAACUCAUGUGCUUUGCUCAUUCAAAGGGUGUAAGGGUGGUUGUUCUAGGUGGAUUUGGUGCUGACCUUCUGACCAAUGUUACUGCUCAAGUUGAAUGGGUGAUGUCAAAGGUCAAUUAUGCGAUUGACAAUCAUAUGGAUGGAAUCAAUCUGGACAUUGAGUUCCCGUUGACCAAGGAAGAAGCUCCGUUACUGAACAGUAUGGUUCAGAUGACCACCAAGGUUUUCAAGCAAUCCAUUCCUUACUCUCAGGUAACAUUCGAUGUUGCCUGGUCACCAAACUGCAUUGAUCUGCGUUGCUAUGACUACAAAGCCAUCGCUGAUGCGGUAGACUUUGUGUUUGUCAUGUCGUAUGAUGAGCAGAGCCAAAUCUUUGGCGACUGCAUCGCGAAAGCUAACUCACCAUAUCACCAAACAGCACAAGGUGUUGAAGCAUUUCUCAAGCUUGGUAUCCCUGCUAAGAAGAUGGUUCUAGGUGUUCCUUGGUAUGGCUACAACUACAAGUGUUUGAUUGUAUCCGAGUCAGAUGUUUGUUCCAUACCUGAGGUACCUUUCCGUGGGGUCAACUGCAGCGAUGCAGCCGGCAGUCAGAAGGGCUUCAGUGAUGUCAUGAAACUCCUUGCCAAUAACUCCACGAAAGGCAGAAAAUGGAAUCCCAUUUACAAGGCUCCCUACUUCGACUAUAUGGACUCGGAGAAAGGCGAUACGUAUCAGGUUUGGUAUGACGAUACCACGAGCCUUCAGCUGCGCUAUGACUAUGCCAAGGAAACGGGCCUUCUAGGAGUGGGACCUUGGAAUGCAGAUCUCCUGGAUUACAGUGAUGACCCUAUCGGCAAGAACCAGACUGCUGCUAUGUGGAGUGCUAUGGCAAGCUUCCUUGAUCAAUAAGAAAGUGUCAGGAAAGUGUAAGGUUUAGGUGAAUAGGGAGUAUUGAAUUGAGAUAUUGACAUCUGUGACCUUUGACCUCAGAUAUAGAUGUCAUGGACUAAAGUGAUGACCCUAUCUUGAUUACCAUAUCAGUAACAACCAGACUGCUGUUAUGUGGGGUGCUAUGGCAAGCUUCCUUGAUCGAUAAUGCAAGACACCUUGACUGAAGGAAGUGUAAGGUUUAGGUGAAUAGGGAGUAUUACAAUGAGAUAUUGACAUCUGUGACCUUUGACCUCAGAUAUAGAUGUCAUGGUCUGAAGUGAUGACCCUAUUGUGAUUACCAUAUCAGUAACAACCAGACUUCUUCUAUGUGGGGUACUAUGGAAAGCUUCCUUGAUAGGUAAUUCAGACACCCAUCUACAUUUGAGAGGCCAAGGUAUAAGGUUUAGGUAAAUAUGGAGUAUUACCAAGUAAUAUUGACCUUUAUGACUUUUAACCUCAGGUACUGAUCUCAUCUGACUGUAUUGAUUACCCUAUCAGUAGGAACCAGACUCCUGCUAUGUGGGGUACUAUGGCAAGCUUCCUUGGUAAAUAACUCAAGACACCUAAAAGUAAGGUUAAGGUGUAUACAAGGCUCGACAUUAGCGGUGGCCCAGGGCCACCAGAAAUUCACCUCGGGCAACCAUUAUUGAAAAAAUGUUAAGUUUUGGUGGCCCGAAUCGGGCAACCAGUAAUUUUCAAAGUAGCGCAAUUUUUCUCCCGAUUUUGCACGCAUUUAUCAACUUUCUACAGUUCAAAUUGCAAGCCAAUUCGUCAUGCGCCCUUUUUGUUAAUAUACACACACACACAAAGUUUGCAUAGUCAUGACAGUAUGUAGGCCUACCGCUAUAGCAUAUACAGUAAUUAUUAUCCAGCCGGCCGUGCUGGCCGUCUGGCGUGAGCUUUGCAUGCAUGAAACCACUGCAGCUAGCUGUGCGCUAGCAGUCUAUUCAGACUUAGGGAGCUGCGAUACGAAAUGUUGCUGCUAAGAAAUCUUCCACAGAACUUUGAAAAUCUACGUCAAAGUCACAUUUUACACCAAUGAAAUGCCCUUCUACAGUCCAUAUUACUAAAAUCUGGUGUAACCUGUUUAUUUGCAAGCAUUAAAAAGAAGAAUUAUGACCUCUCUUUUGACUCAAAAAGACCGAUUUCCAAAUGCAUUAAUACACAUAAAACACAUACAUCACAGUCCCACGUGUGCAUUUGUAUGUAUGUUGAUACUUGGUUUCUUUCGAAGCUGUGUCUUUUCUAGCCAAAAAUAAUUAGACAGUUUCUUUCUUUCAUGUUUAUAAAUGACUUCUUAAACCACUCUUGAGGAAGUAAAUACUUUGGGAAGGCAUUUCAUUGAUAUGAAAUGUGAAUUUUUCCAGCAUUUUGGCAAAUAUAGGGAAGGACUUUUCUCACACUGUUUUUUCCAGUUGCUGUUUUCUUAUUUUUUUUCUUUCACCUUUUUAUAGUGGUUAAACCAUUUAUACCCCUUUCCAUUGAAUAUGCCUGAUUAAAGAAUAAAUAUUUCUACUUAAAACUAAUAGUAAUAAUAAUAAAAAUUUUCCCCAUUUUUAUUAAUUUUGUUUUAUUCAUUUUUCUUUCAUUUUCUUUUGUUUUUUGUUUUUCUCUAAAUUGUUUUUUCUUUUUUCCCGUUCUUUGUUUUUUCUUUCUCCAUUUCCUUUCUUUUGUUUUAUUUCACUAUUUUAUUAUUUUUGUUUUCUUUUUUUAAUAUCCUAUUCUAGUAAAAUAACAGCAAACAAGAUUUACAUACAAGAUGUACAAAGUGAAAGUAACUUAGUGGUAGUGGCUGCAGGAUUGAUAUUUUUAAUUUAUGUUUUCUUUAUAUUUUUCGGGCCACCAAAAAAAAUGAUUUGAAGGUUUCGGUGGCCCGAAUGGGCCACCACCAAAAAAAGUUAAUGUGGAGCAUUGGUGUAUAUAAAGUAUUACCAAGAAAUAUUGACCUGUGUGACCUUUGACCUCAGAUACUGAUCUCCAAUGAUCACAAUGAUAAUCAUGUCAGCAAGAACCAAACUGCUGCUAUGUGGGGAUAAUAUGGCAAGCUUCCUUGAUAGGUGAUUUAGACACCCAAUAAAAUUUGAGAGACCAAGGUGUAAGGUUUAGGUUAAUAUGGAGUAUUACCAGUUAAUAUUGACCUCUAUGACUUUUAACCUCAGGUACUGAUCUCAUCUGACUGUAUUGAUUACCCUAUCAGUAAGAACCAAACUGCUGCUAUGUGGGUACUCUGGUACGCUUCCUUGAUAGGUGAUUUAGACACCCAAUAAAAUUUGAGAGACCAAGGUGUAAGGUUUAGGUUAAUAUGGAGUAUUACCAGUUAAUAUUGACCUCUAUGACUUUUAACCUCGGGUACUGAUCUCAUCUGACUGUAUUGAUUACCCUAUCAGUAGGAACCAAACUGCUGCUAUGUGGGUACUCUGGUACGCUUUCUUGAUAGGUGAUUCAGACACCCAACUACAUUUGAAAGACCAAGGUGUAAGGUUUAGGUGAAUAUGAAGUAAGACCAAAGAUGAUAGAGUGCCGCAAAGCGGCGCAAGAUGGUUCACUCUCCGAAAAGAACGUUUUCAAGAGAGCUUUGAUUCUGAUAAGGGUUCCCUUCUGAUAUCAUGAAAAAGAGAGAACAUUUAACAAUACCUCUGUUUAAUAACACAUUUGUACAUAUAGUAUUUUAUCUGGGCAAUCAAAGCAUCAGUCAUUAGUCAGGGUCAGACAAUGCAAUUUCAAAUCACAAACACUUAACCCUUGAAUGGCCAUAGUUAGUGUAAGUUAUUUUCGGUUUAGUGAAAAUUUAUGUUGGCCUUGCUUAUUCAAACUCAGAUUUUCAUUGAAAUUAAUGAAUAUCAGCUAAGUAGAGAAUAGUUACCAACUGCUUCCUGAGCCUCCUUUUCUAGUUGACUUCGGAAUGUCCUUACAUCAACUUUUGACAGAAGUUGAUCUAGGAAAAAAAUUGUGAGAACUUUGUCAACUUAUUAACAAUAUAAGAUUGUUUUAGUAUGAUUCUAUUAGAGAUGGACUCUCAUUGAUUAGUAAUUCAUGAACUUUUUACUGUCAUAGUUCUCUGAAUAACAUUCUCAUCAUAUUUGUCUACUUUGGUUCGACGGUGUUACAUCGUUAAUUAGGCCAUUAGUUGAAAGAAGCAGUUCGUGAUUAGACGUUGAAAUUUCACAAAAUAUAUGCGCAGAAGAUUAAAUCUUCUACCUUUGGUCAUCUUAUUCCAUGUGUUUUAUUAUGGAAAAUGUAUAUAUUUUCAGAUACAUGUAGAGGCAAUAUGGUGAUCUAUUAAUUAAAUUUAUAGCUUGGUAUUCACUUCAAUGUCAAAACAUCUACAUUUUGUGCUUAGCCGGUGAUGAAUGACCAUGUUUAUUUUUGCAGGAGUUUAUUAUUUAGGAUUGUGUUUGUGGCAGUUAUCCUUGUUGUUUUUAUAUCUUCGUAGCGACUAUUUUAUUUAUAAAUUUAAAUUCAUUGAUAUUGAUAUUUUAAGUUAAGAUGAAGUGAUAUCAAGUAGACCUAUGUUAUUCUAUUAUAAUUGAUCUUAAACCUUUUUGUUCAUACUCACUCUUUUAUCCGCUUCUGUUUUAUGUAAGCACCCAAUGGAUAGGGUCAAAUGGUCUUCAUUGACUACAGUAAUUCAGUUAACUUUAUUUGACCCUGGCAGUCCAGUGGGUGCUCAAUCUAUACUCUGUUAUGUUUAUUAUGUGUUGUACUUCACUGUACCAAUUUCUAUACUUUUCACUGCCGGAAUAAAUAAUAAU